GGGUAGAAAUAAAGAAAACAAAAAACAAAGAACUAGAAUAAAUGAUACAAUAAUAACAGGUCAAGAAUACGAUAAAACCAUGACUCAGAUAAAUUAUAUUGCUAACUCUCAAUAUGCGAAAGAGGCGUCGAACUAUAUCAAGAUUUUAAAUGAAUUGCGUCGUAUUGGUGCCCAAUUAGCCGUAAAUCUUCCUACAAUCGUUUUUUGUGGAAACCAAUCUGCGGGUAAAAGCAGUUUACUUGAAGCGAUUUCAGGCGUUAAGUUACCUAGGUCUGAUGGAACUUGCACUCGCUGUGUGAUGGAACUGAGAUUAUCCGAAGUUCCGAAAAUAUGGUCAUGUCAAGUUUCUCUUCGCAAAGAAUAUGAUGAACAUGAAAACCGUCUUUCUAAUCCAAUUGAAACUAAAUUUGGUAGCUCGAUUGAUGAUCCAGAUAAAGUUGAAUUAAUGGCACGUCGUGCUCAAAAGGCAUUAUUAAAUCCUUUGAAACAAAGCGAUGAAUAUAUUGAUUGGGAUUUUAAAGACCAAACUUAUGAAGAUGAUUCUCAAUUAAACGGUCUUAAGUUUACUAAAAAUGUUGUAUGCAUGGAAAUUAAGGGCCCUAAUGUUCCAAACUUAAGCUUAAUUGAUUUACCGGGAAUAAUUCGACAUACCGAAAAAGCCGAAGAUAGGAGGUUUAUCCCAUUGACUGAAGAACUCGUAAAAGAAUAUAUUAAAAAUGAAAAAUCUAUUAUAAUCGCAACAAUUUCAUGUAAAGACGAAAUAGACAACCAAGCAAUAGUAACUCUUGCAAAAGAAGCUGAUCCUUUAGGAGUUCGAACUCUAGGCGUUCUUACAAAACCUGAUAUGAUUGAAGAAGGAACACAUCAUUCUUGGUUAAAAAUUAUGAGAGGUGAAGCAAAUCCUCUGGAACUUGGGUAUUAUGUCGUAAAGAAUCCAACUAAAGUGCAACGUAUGGAUAAUAUUCGAUUCGAAGAUGCUAGAUUAGCUGAAAUCGAGUUUUUUGAAACAGAAGAUCCAUGGACUAGUUUUCAUUUACAAGAAAGGAUCGGUGUUAAAAAUUUGCAAAAUAAAUUAUCUGAAUUAUUAAUUAAAGCUAUUAAAAGAGGUCUUCCAGAUAUCAGAAAGGAAGUAGAAGAAAAAUUAGAUGAGGCAUGCAAGGAUUUAGAAAAACUUCCAUUGCAACUUUCUGAUAAUCCAAGAAUUGACUUAUUUCGCCUGAUAAAAAAUUGUACCACGAUUAUCAAAGAAAAAACUAUUUGCUCAAAUAAUCAAAUUGAAUUGUGGAAAUCACUCAAUGAUCAAUUUGCAUUAUUCAAAGUAGAAUUUUAUGCUUUACGUCCAAUUUUUUCAAUUAACUCUAGUAAUAAUUAUAUCGGAAAAAAGCCUUCAGGUAUAAUUGAUAUACUUGAAGAUUUCAUUGAAGAUUGUCCCACAAAUAAAAGAGAUAUAAGUACGGAUCAAUUGCAACAACUAACGGAAACCCAAGUCACCGAAAUAAUUAAAAAUUCGCGUGGAAGAUUACUCCCCGGGUUCGUCCCUUAUUCGGCCGCGCAGACCAUUAUCCAAGGACAUCAAAAACAAUGGCAAAAACCUGCCAUAAAUUGUUUAAACGCUGUUUAUGAGAUUAUGAUAAAAGUGGUAAAUGAAACUAUAGAAAGUACCUUUUCAAGAUUUCCUGGCUUAGUUGGACGCAUGGGAUAUAAGGCACAAGCUUGGUUGGAGGAAUGUAAAAAACGGACAACAGAUCAUAUUAGUUUCACCUACAAAAUGGAGCAAACCACUUACCCAUUCACACUCGAUAAGCAAAUGAUGACAAAUUUAAAAACGGAAUACCUAAAAUCUCUUCAUGAAGCAGUGAAAUUUGAAAGUAAAAAUCCUACAGAAACUUUAGAAGUCGUGGCAAUAGUUUUAGCAUACUUAAAAAUUGCGAUCAAACGUUAUGUUGAUGUUGUCUCUAUGACAAUAAUUCACACUUUUAUUGAUGAAUUUAGUGAUCACAUUGAAGAAAAACUAAUGGAAAUUUUUAUUCAUGAUAAAGAUGGAUCAAUUGAUGAAUUAAUUAAAGAAGAUGAUGGUAUAAAGUAUCAAAGAGAAAGAUUGUUAGGUCGCGAAAAGCUUUUAAGAGAGGUGUUGGAUAAACUUGUUAACUUUGGUAUUCAUUAUAAAUAA